GACCCACCCAUCAUUUGGCCCGCCCAAAACCCACCCAUUUAGUUAAAUGGGUCUAAUCGGGCGGGUUCCUCUCAAACCAAACUAAAUGGGUGCUAAAUGGGCGGUCUAUAUGCACCCGUUUGCCCACCCAUACUCCCAAAACCAAAACCCGACUCCAGCAAACCCUUCGCCUUCACUCUUCACCCUUCAGAAACUACCCGAUCUCAAAAAUCACGAUUUUCUCUCCUCUUCAUCUCUAGCUCGAGCUCGAGCUCGACCUCUAGCUUCUGACCUCCUCCUCUCCCCUCGAGCUCGACCUCGACCUCCGGCCUCCGAUCUCCUCUCUCCCUUGAGCUCGAGCUCUGCCUUCGAUCACCUCUGGCCUCUGAUCUCUUCUCCUUCGAUCUCCACUUCUCGACCUAGAUCUCUUCUCCUGCCCUUCGAUCUCCUCUUAUCUUUGAUCCCCAAUCCUCAGAUCAAGAGAAGGAGAUAGAAACAUAAUACAAGACAGCUCAGACUUCAGUGGCUGGAGUCAUGUGCUUACUGAUUGAACAAAAGGGAAUGCAAAGAAACAAAAGGUGAAGUCCAUAGGUGCUGCAAAACCAAAACCCUCAGAAGCAGAAAUUUCUGUUUCUAGGCUUGACAUUCGUGUAGGUCUCAUCAAGAAAGUUCAGAAGCAUCCAGAUGCUGACUCCCUAUACGUGGAAGAGAUUGAUAUAGGUGAGGAGUUGCCUAGGACCGUUGUGAGUGGUCUAGUCAAAUUCAUUCCUCUUGAAGAAAUGCAGGAUCGAAAGGUAUGUGUUCUUUGCAAUCUUAAGCCAGCCACCAUGAGGGGUAUUAAAUCGCAGGCAAUGGUAUUAGCUGCCUCCAAUGAUGAUCACACCAAAGUAACAUAUAUUGCAGGCAACAGAGGAUCCGGCCGCACUGCACUAAAUUGGGAAUCACGCUCCGUCAUCGCCCUCGCCGCCGCCAAAUUUGGAGAUUUGGAGAUGGGUCAGUUGAAUUUUUUGACUCAAAUUUGGAGAUUUGGAGAUGGGUCAGUUAAAUUUUUUGUAAAUUGUAAUUAUAUUUUUUGUAAAUUUGGAAAUGCCUGUGUAAUGAUUGGUAAUUUUAAUGCUAUCUUGUUCAAUAUGUUCAUGCUAUUCCUGAAUAGGUUAUGUACAUGCCUGUGCAUAUUUUGAUAAUUCAAAAAGUUUAUAAAAAUCCUCCAAUAGUUUACAAAAAAACCCUAAAAGUUUACAAAAAAUACCCUAAAAGUAUUAUACAUAUAUAGCUACUAUAGUUAAAUGGGCAAAUGGGCGGCCCGUUUAUUAAAUGGGCGGGUAAAAACC